AUGUCACGAAAUAUUUCAUACGGCCGCGGAGGCGCAGGCAACAUCACCCGCCAACACUCCGCGCUCACCCCCAAAGACCUCGUAACCCCAACCAUCAAGCAAGAAGUGUACACAACGGGUCGCGGAGGUUCAGGGAACAUGGUCGUAAACAAACCCGACCAGCCUGAGCUUGCGCGCGAGAGCCAAGACGUCGAGUCACCACCCCUGCGCGCGCAACAGAUCCCCCACCACACAGGCCGAGGUGGUGUUGCGAACGCCUACAUCCCCACGGCCGAAGAGGAAGAGCACGAGAAGAAGGUCCAAGAGCAGGAGGCGGAGCUUAUGCGCGUGCGAACACAGUCGAAAGAUCGCGUCAAGGAGAUUGAGCACGAGCGCCAGGAGUUGCGAAGGAAUUCACCUUCUUCAUAG